AAGGGCGAGCGAGGCGCCCGGAGCGGCGGCGUGUUCCCGCGGGGCAGCGGGGCGGGCCGGGGGCGGCUCGGCGGGGCGGGCGGUGCCGGUAGGCGGCACCAGCGGCACCUGCGUGCGGCAUCCCCGCCCGGCCGGGAGGAGGCGGGGGCAGCGGGGCCGCCGCGCGCUGCCGCAUGUGCCUGGAGCGGCGCCGGAGCGGGCAGCGCGAGCCAUGGCGGAGCAUGGCGCCCCGGCGCCCGCCAUCCCCAACGGCGGGUGCGCGGCCCGCCUCCCCGGCAACAAGGUGACCGUCGUGCUGGGCGCCCAGUGGGGCGACGAGGGCAAGGGCAAAGUGGUGGAUCUGCUCGCGCAGGACGCCGACAUCGUCUGCAGGUGCCAGGGUGGCAAUAAUGCAGGACACACAGUUGUUGUGGACUCUGUGGAAUAUGACUUCCAUCUUCUGCCAAGCGGGAUUAUCAACCCAAAAGUCACUGCAUUCAUUGGAAAUGGUGUUGUAAUUCAUUUGCCAGGACUCUUUGAAGAAACUGAAAAAAACUUAAAGAAAGGAAAAGGGCUAGAAGGCUGGGAAAAAAGACUAGUAAUUUCUGACAGGGCUCAUAUCGUAUUUGAUUUCCACCAAGCUGCUGAUGGCAUCCAAGAACAACAAAGGCAAGAACAAGCAGGAAAGAAUUUGGGAACUACGAAAAAAGGAAUUGGUCCAGUGUAUUCUUCGAAAGCAGCUCGAAGUGGACUCAGAAUGUGUGAUCUUGUAUCUGAUUUUGAUGAAUUUUCUGAGAGAUUCAAGGUGUUAGCCAAUCAGUACAAAGCGAUAUAUCCCACCCUAGAGAUAGAUAUUGAUGGUGAAUUGAAAAAACUCAAGGCCUACAUGGAAAAAGUAAAACCAAUGGUAAAGGAUGGAGUUUAUUUUAUGUAUGAGGCUUUACAUGGACCACCAAAGAAGAUCUUAGUUGAAGGUGCAAAUGCAGCACUACUGGACAUAGAUUUUGGCACAUAUCCGUUUGUGACUUCAUCAAACUGCACAGUUGGUGGAGUUUGCACAGGUCUGGGCAUGCCACCACAGAACGUUGGGGAAGUGUAUGGAGUUGUGAAAGCAUAUACAACUAGAGUUGGAAUCGGUGCCUUUCCUACAGAACAAGAUAACGAAAUUGGAGAAUUGCUGCAAAUGCGGGGUAAAGAGUUUGGUGUUACCACUGGUAGAAAGAGAAGAUGUGGCUGGCUGGACCUCGUGCAACUCCGAUAUGCCUACAUGAUUAAUGGCUUUACUGCAUUGGCUCUUACCAAAUUGGAUAUCUUGGAUGUAUUUCCAGAAAUCAAAGUUGGUGUUGCAUACAAACUAGAUGGUGAAGUCAUACCUCAUUUUCCAGCCAACCACGAAGUCUUAAGUAAAGUAGAGGUAAAGUAUGAGACACUCCCAGGAUGGGAUACAGACAUAUCAAAUGCAAGGACAUUCGAUGAGUUGCCUGUAAAUGCACAGAACUAUGUUCGUUUUAUAGAGAUGGAAUUAGGUGUUCCUGUUAAAUGGAUUGGAGUAGGGAAGCCCAGGGAAUCAAUGAUCCAGCUGUUUUAAAGAUUUCAGAUGCAUGGAAGAAAGCACACUCCUCAAAAGACUGCUCAUUCUUAAAUGCAUUAGUAGCCCGCAAAGCAAAGACAUUGGAAAGAUAGAUUUUUUUUUUUUUUUUUUUUUUUGCAUGGAAAGAAAUGCUAGAGUUGAUAUUCUUAAAUCAAUUGCUACUCCUGAAAGAGAUUUUAACUUGAACUUGUAUCUGUUCUUAUUCAACUGCAAAUUCCAGAACAUCUGUUGUUUCAAGGUGCCAUCAAUUUUUUUGUUUUUUCUUUUCCUGAUGUUAGUUCAUAAUGUAAUUCCUGUUUGGAAAUCUAAGGUGUCAUUACUUCAUGACUGUUUGUUGUCCUCUCUCUGCUGUUGGCGGUGUUACUUCCCUGAAAUUUUAGACAGUAAAAACAAUGCAGUUUUGCACAGAUAGUUUUACAUCCUCAUUAUUUGUAUUCCUUAUGGCUGCUCUUGUGAGUGAUUAAAGAGAGGGAUUCUGAUUUUGUAAUGCUAUAAAUGCUGUCUAAAUUAUUGUGUGAUCUGUGUUUUUUUUAAACAAAAGGUGUGAUGCCAAGUUUUUUUUAGCUGUAUAGCACAGAAAACUGAACUCUUUGUAACUCACGGAGGACACUCAAGUGUUUACCAGAAAGUGUGCUCGGGAAGUUAGGAAAUUGAUAUUGUACAAAGUUCAUUUGCAAUUAUUAAAGAACAGUUCUGAUUUUUGAGUUAAAUGUUUUAUAAUGUUACUUUUUUUUAUUAUUAUUAUUACUUAUAAAUCCCUGCACUUAUCUACUUCCAAAGCAUGUAUUUCAGCAAACUGUUUCUCUAAUUAAAAAGGAUUAUUUUUGGUGAGAGUUCUUAAUGUUCUGAUGCCCUUUUAAACUUUUUUUUUACACAACCAAUGGAAGAUCUUUGGAGAGCUAACAAAGCGCAAACAGUUUUGUAAUUCGAAAUUGAGCUGCUUUAGAAAUAACUUUAAAAAUAUUCUGUGCAUUUGUCCUCGACGGGGAAAAUAAUAAGCAUUCGCAUUAUGACAUAAACAUAUUUUAUCUUA